CUACUCAGUUAUCGAAAGGGAAUCUCGUCACCACUUAGCAAUGCUGCGUGUCCAGUUGCAGGGAAGGGAAAAGCCUGACCAGGAAGGGGAAAACUUCGCUUAGAGAAACGAAAGCCUUUUCUGAGGGAGGCCGCUGGAAUGGCAGCUGCUGGGAACCUCGUGAAGGGCCUCUGCGACGAGAUGACCUGUUCCGUCUGCCUGGACUACUUCACAGAGCCUAUCUCGCUGAACUGCGGGCACAACAUCUGCAAAUCCUGCCUGGGGAACUGCAGGCUGGACUUGUUCGGAGGUACCUCCUGUCCCCAGUGCAGGAGCCCCGUUUGGCCCAGGGACAUCAGGCCGAACAAGCAACUGGCGAAUGCCAUACAGCUGGUCAAGCAGCUCAGCAGCCAAGUGGCAAAGGAGGCGGACGGAAGAGCGGGGGCUUGCGAGAAGCAUGGGGAGCCCCUGAAGCUCUUCUGCGAGACGGACGACUCUCCCAUCUGCGUGGUGUGUGACAAAACCAGCAAGCACCGAGAUCAUCAAGUCAUUCCCGUGGAGGAGGCUCUCCAGAAGUUUAAGGAAAAAAUCCAAGCUCAGCGGCAGUCAUUAAAGCAAGACACAGAGAAUCUUGUGGCCCAGAAAAUGGUCAUGAGGCAGAAAAGUCCGGAAUGUCUGGCCCUCAUAGAAGCUGAGAAGGAGGGGGCCUUGUCCAAGUUGAAUCAAAUGGGCAUAUUCUUUGAUGAAGCAUAUGGAAUUGUGGCGACCCAGCUGACAGAGCUGAAGAACAAGAUUGAGAAAACGCAGAAGGAAAAUAAAACCAUACUGAAUGAAGAAAUGUCCAAUCUCAGUUACCUGAUGAAGGAGAUUGACGUAAAAUGCCAGCAAUCCCCCACUGAAUUCCUGCAGAACAUCAAAGGCACAUUGAACAGGUAUGAGACGGUGCGAGUGAAGCGGCCCAUUGAUCCCUUUCCCGACCUCGAAAAGACGCUCAGGACUUACUCUCAGACAACCAGUGCCCUGGUCAAGAAACUGCUUGAGAGACAAACAGCAGCUCUGGACUCAUUUAAAGAAAUGCUGGGACAAGCAUUGAACAAAGUAAAUGUGACUCUGGAUUGUGACACCGCAAAUCCCUACCUUGUCUUGUCCAAGGACCUAAAGACCAUGUCCUGGGGCGACAAGAGGCAGAGGCUGCCCUCCAAUCCAGGGAGAUUCGACUUUGUCCCCUGUGUGUUGGGGCAGGAGGGGUUUUCCUCUGGACAGCAUUGGUGGGAAGUGGAGGUGGAGCAGCUGAAAGAGGCGGACAGAGGAAGCUGGGCUUUAGGGGUGGCCACUGAAGAUGUGAAGAGGAAGGGCUUAAACGACCUCAGCCCAAAUGAGGGGAUAUGGGCUGUGGGGAACUCGGUCCGCGCUGGUCCGCUGGCUUUUACUUCCCUUAAGCGAACGGCUUUGCGCCUGAGUUCUCUGCCCAAAAAGAUCCGGGUUUUUCUCGACUACGAAGGAAAGCAAGUGAAAUUUACCAGUGUGGACACUGACGGCAUGAUCUUUGUUUUCCAUUCAGUCGCAUUCCACAGAAAGAGGCUCCGGCCCUUUUUCUGGAUGGCAAGGGGGUUCAGAAUGACUUGUUGAAUCUUGAGGGGAAUCUGCAAGUCUUUGGCAUACAGCGGAAGCAUGACAAGGAGCAGCCCUCCUUCCGCUUUGACUGGCCUGAGGCCAGUCACUAGAGCAGCUCUUCGGGAGAGGGAGAGUUGAUGGGAGGAGGAGGAAGCAAGCACACGUUUGGAGGGAGCAAUUGCACACCGCCUGAAGAGAGAUCCUUAAGCAGGAGUUGCUUUUGGGGGGAGACAGUCUUUAACCACUUUCCUUAAUUUGCUGCCAACAGGCUGUAUGGGAUUGAAUCCAGCACUGAUUGUAUGUAGAACAAACCUAGUGCAAUCAAUGAUACCAUCAUAAUUAAAAUUUCUUAAAUGCUUACCUGCACCAUGCUAAAAUAA